CGCCUUCAUCAGCGCAAUCGCUCCCGUUCUAAACCCGCUACAAUGCUGAGUCUUGCCCGUGGAAAGCAGACCCAGUCGGUAUUUGUAAUGACGCAGUUGGCGCGUCGUCGCAUGUCCGUGGCGUCUGGCCGUCUAGCUCAGUUUCCAUUCCUGGAGGAGCUGGGACUCAAGGAGGAGAACCACGGCGUGUACAAUGGCAAGUGGUUCGGCAACGGCGACGUGUACACGUCCGUGAGCCCUGUGAAUGGCCAGCCUAUCGCUAGUGUGCGCGCUGGUAACAAGGCUGACUACCAGAAUGUGGUGGCCGCCAUGGACGACGCCAAGCCCAAAUGGUGCGAUCUGCCAGCCCCUGAACGCGGAGAGAUCGUCCGCCAGAUCGGAGAGGAGCUGCGCAACAAGCGCGAUGCAUUGGGUAAGCUUAUUUCACUCGAAAUGGGCAAAAUCUACGUGGAGGGCGUUGGAGAGGUGCAGGAAGCCAUCGAUAUCUGUGAGUUUGCUGUGGGACUCAGCCGCACGCUGAACGGCUCGGUGAUUCCUUCCGAGCGUCCUGGUCACUUCAUGAUGGAGCGUUACAACCCCCUCAAGGGCCACGUGGGCAUCGUCACGGCUUUCAACUUCCCUUGUGCCGUGCUGUUCUGGAACGCGGCUCUGAGUCUCGUGUGUGGCAACACACAGAUCUGGAAGCCGUCCGAGUCACUGUUGCUCACUUCCGUGGCGUGCACGAAGAUUAUUGCUGACGUAUUGGAACGUAAUGGCCACCCGGGCGCUAUCGCUUCAUUGAUCUGCGGAAGUGGCGCAGAAGUGGGCGAGGCGAUGCUGCACGACAAGAGCAUGGAACUCAUUUCGUUCACGGGGUCCACAAAGGUGGGUCGUCACGUAAAUGAGGUGGUGUCGUCCCGCUUUGGCAAGACCAUCCUUGAACUGGGCGGCAACAACGCUAUGAUCGUGGACAAGGACGCUGACCUGGAGAUGGCGCUGCGUGCUACGUUGUUCUCUGCUGUAGGAACGGCCGGUCAGCGCUGCACGUCGCUCCGUCGUCUCUUCCUGCACGAAGACAUCCACGAUGAUUUUCUACAGCGUCUGGUGUCUGCGUACCAGAACGUCAAGAUCGGUGACCCGUUGAAGGAUGGUGUUCUGUGUGGCCCACUGCACAACACUCAGGCUGUCAAGAACUACCUGGACGGUAUCGACUCCAUUAAGAAACAGGGUGGCAAGGUUCUGACCGGUGGCAAGAAGAUCGAAGGUGACGGCCACUUCGUUGAGCCGACAAUCGUUUCCAUCGCUCACGAUGCUGAGAUCGUCCAGAAGGAAAUUUUUGCUCCAAUCCUGUACGCUCUGAAGUUUAAGACUCUUGAGGAGGCGAUUGAGAAGAACAACGCUGUUCCUCAAGGCCUGUCAUCGUCUCUGUUCACGAAGAACCAGGCCGCAAUCUUCAAGUGGACGGGACCUCUGGGAUCGGACUGUGGCAUCGUGAACAUCAACAUCGGACCCAGUGGAGCUGAGAUUGGUGGGGCUUUCGGUGGUGAGAAGGAGACAGGCGGUGGCCGUGAGUCUGGCAGCGAUGCAUGGAAGCAGUACAUGCGUCGUUCGACGUGCACCAUUAACUAUAGCAAGGAGCUUCCGCUGGCCCAGGGAAUCGACUUCAGCUAACUGGUACCUUGUGCAGAUGGUUUGUAAGACAUAUAAGUGACAAUCCAAACGCGUUUUUCCUCGUCAUCCACAGCUAUCAAGAAAGCUCAAAGCCCUCAGCAUUUGUGAUUGCAAACGUAACCUUCUCCACAAGGGUUUCGUAGCUAGUGUAUUCCGGAAGCACGAGUUGAUUGAAGCAUGUGUGUGUUCGUGGCAGUGCUUGCGGGUCUAGAUCUGACUUGGUCAAGUUUAACGGAGGCUCAAAGCCGUCCAGCGGAAUCUUGUUCGUGCCUGUCAUAAAUUUCAAAAACUGACCUCGUAAUUCGAUUGUAAAUUUACGCAAAGCCUGCCACAACCAGAGAACAACUUGGGUAUGCUCAUCGUAGCCACCUUGGAAAACUGUGCAGGAGCGCAGCUCUUCCACAUCGAUCGUUGGUUUCCCAUUCACUAACAUUUUUAACUCCGCCAUAUCAAAAAGUUUAAUAGCAGACAGAGGGAUGAGAGUGGUAAAACCUUGAACUACAGCAUCCAUUUGUGCUUGAGCGCCAAACUGUGUAC